AUGUUGCUGUUGUUGUUGAUAGCUCUGGUGGUUUCGAUAACAUCACUGGCCUACUCUUUACCUCAAAGAGGAAAAUUUCAACCCUUGGGAGCCCCUGCACCACAGCAGGCACUUAAUCCAGGGAAACAAAUUCCGAUUUUGAAAUAUGCCUUUGAACCUAAACCUGACGGUUCUUAUAAUUACAAUUAUGAGACCGGUAACAGCAUUCAAGUAGAAGAGCAGGGAUUCCUGAAAAAUGCUGGAAACAAAGACAACGAGGCUCAAGUUAUGCAAGGCUCCUACUCCUUCACCGGCCCUGACAACAUAGUUUACACAAUCCACUACAUAGCCGACGAGAACGGAUUUCAGGCUCAGGGGGCCCACAUUCCUACCGAAGCACCCGCCAAGGCAGCACCGGGAGGACCCGCCAAAAAAUUCUUUUAA